AUGAUUGGAACUGAAUUUAAGAUUGUUGAUGGUUACGUGGUAACAGGAAAAUUCUUGGGAUCAGGUGCCUUUGGCUCUGUUUAUAGAGGAUAUAAGGAGAAUGAUCCAAAACAGAUUUGUGCUGUCAAAGUAUUGCCAAUGAUUGAAGCAACGAAUAAUAAAAACUUCAUGAAAACAAUUAAAAGAGAAAUAGAAAUAUUAGGAAAAAUAAAGAGCUAAUAUAUCGUUUAAAUGUAUCACGCAGCAAGAACGGCACGCAAUUUUUACAUAUUUUUAGAAUAUUGUAAUGGAGGCAAUCUAAGAGAAUUGAUGAAACAGAAAGGAGGGUAUUUGUCAGAAUAAGACGCUCUAACAUACUUCAAGUAGAUUGUAGAGGGAUUCAAAGCAAUUUAUCAAGAAAAUGUGAUGCAUAGAGAUAUUAAACCAGCUAAUAUUUUAUUACACAAUGGUAUUGCUAAGAUCAGUGACUUUGGAUUUGCCAGAAUAGUGGAUGAUAUGGAAGGAUAAGACAGAUUCACACUGUUGGGAACUCCUUUGUAUAUGACACCCUAAAUCUUGGAAUAAAGCAAAUUCAAUUCUAAAUGUGACAUAUGGUCUUUGGGAAUCAUGUUCUACGAAAUGCUUUAUGGUCAUACUCCUUGGACUGCCAAUAGUUAAUUAUCUCUGUUGGAUUAAAUCAAGAAGAAGCCUCUGGUGUUCCCUGAAUAACCAAAGAGAUAACAAAUUAUCAAGGAGUUGAUUUCUCAAAUGCUGAUCAUUGAUGAGGAGAAGAGAAUCAGUUGGUAUGAUAUUUUCGAACAUCAACUAAUCAAGAGCAACAGUUAAGAGCUGAAGAACAAAUUGAAUCUAAUCAUCGAUAGUGUUUAGGACACUCUUGAAUAGUCGGUGCAAGUCAAUAGAUUUUAUAUUGACAACAAUCUUGUCUUGGAAUAAGGAAAGCAGCAGCAAGAACUAUUUGAAGUUAAGGAAAGUGAUGAAGCAAAUACUCCAGCAGAUAAGGAUCUGGGAUAAUAGACUUUUGAAGACCUGAAGGGAUUGACCUAUAAUGACAUUAUGGAGGUGUAGACCAAAAAGUUACAGGAACAAAUUACCAAUAAUAAAAUAGAUGCUUAUUUAACACUUUAGAGAAAUAUUGGAAUAUUCGUGAAUCUAUCAACCAAUUACAUUUUUGAUUUGUAUAAAGAGUAACUUAUCAGCAUUCCUACGCAUUUAUUUUAUAGAAUUCUUUUUAUUCUUUAGAAAAAGUAGAUGAUUAUCUUCGAAGAUCUUACAAAUAUCAUGGCCAGCAAGAUUUAAAUUAAUAAUGGCUUCACAGAUCAAGAUUGGAAACUCUAUAAAAAAAAUAAACAAUACUUCACCACACUCAAGGCCAUCAAAACUGAUAAAUAUUACAUCAAGCCAUACUAUGAAGAAAUAGCCAAAAGAACCUAAACAUAUUUGAACAAUCAAAUCGCAUAAAACAAAUUGAACGAAUAAGAGUAGUAGGAUUUGAACGAGUUCUUAUCCAUCAUGGCUAAUGGUUUAAUUUAAGAUCUAGCAUUCAACUCAGUCUACGAGAAGACAUUGAAAAUUACCUAAAGACUAAUGUAUGAACAAUUAUGCUAAUAAAAAAAACUUACAGAAAAUAAGAACUUCCUAUUGGCCCUUAGAUAUUUGGUCUUAUGCUUAAGUCCUGAAAUGUAUUUUAGACAAUAAAAAGAAUUUCCAGAUUUCAAUAAAUUUUAUGAACAUUACAAUAAUUCAGAAAUGGAACAACUCCUAGAAGAACUUCAUAAAGAAUUCUCUUCAUUUUGA